AUCCAUCUUCCACACAACAAUAUUGAAACCAUAAUCAUGAGGGAAACUUUCCAUGCUAUGCUUGUUCUAGUGGCCGUAUUGUUCUUUGGGGCUGCAGAGUUCUGUUCCGGUCGGAACACGAGCUUCAGCUGUAUAGAGGGGGAGAGAGAAUCCCUCUUGAAGUUCAAACUUUGUUUCAAUGAUUUAUCUAAUAUGUUGUCUUCUUGGAAAGGCAAUGACUGUUGUGAAUGGAGAGGAGUAGGCUGUGACAAAAAUAGCGGACAUGUUGUCUCGCUUCAACUCAGGGGAUCUAUAUAUGAUCAACCUCAAUUGUACUUGAUUGAUGAUGUAGAGGAGGUUGUUUCAAAUUUGCUCAAGUUGAGAUACUUGGAACACCUGGACUUGAGCGGAAAUGACGUCAACAGCAGCCUUAUUCCGCCCUCCUUUGGUUUGAUGAAGCAACUAAGGUACUUAAAUCUCUCUUCUAUGAACUUCAAAGGAAGAAUUCCAAGUGAACUCGGAAAUCUUACGAGACUUCGUGUUCUUGAUCUUGUUGAUUAUUAUGGCGGAGCGUUGAAGGUUGAUGAUGACAUUCAGUGGAUUUCUCAUCUCUCUGCUGUGCAAAAACUUGGUAUGAGUGGAGUAAAUUUAAGCCAUGCCUCAUCAAACUUGUUCCAGGUAUUCGGCAUGCUUUCUUCAUUAUCAUGGUUGAGCUUGUCAGAUUGUGGUCUAAAAAAUUCUCACCUAACAUCUCAUAGUCAUCUCCUUAAUCUUACAUUUCUUGAAAAUAUUCAGCACUUAGAUAUUUCAAGAAACUCUUUUCAUGGUUCAAUACCUAUUUUUCUCCAAAACAUGACUUCAUUGACAUUUCUUGAUAUGAGUGGAGUAAAUCUAAGCCUUGCACCAUCAAACUUGUUUCAAGUACUUGGCAUGCUUCCUUCACUAUCAUGGUUAAGUCUGUCAGAUUGUAGUCUAAAAAAUUCUCACUUGCCAUCUCACAGCAAUCCCCUUAAUUUUACAUUUCUUGAAAAUAUUCAGCACUUUGAUAUUUCACAUAACUCUUUUCAUGGUCCAGUACCUAUUUUUCUCCAAAACAUGACUUCAUUGACAGUUCUUUCUCUUUUGUACAAUCAAUUGAGUGGGAGUAUUCCAGAUAGUAUCAAACAACUUUCUAAGUUAGAGAGUAUAGAUCUUUCUGGUAAUCAAUUGAAUGGAAGUAUUCCAGAUAGCAUUGGUCAACUUUCUAAGUUAGAGAGCAUGUAUCUUUCUGGGAAUCAAUUGAGUGGGAGUAUUCCAUAUAGCAUGGGGCAACUUUCUAAGUUAGAGAGUAUGGAUCUUUCUCACAAUCAAUUGAGUGGGAGUAUUCCAGAUAGCAUUGGCCAACUUUCUAAGUUAGAGAGUAUGGAUCUUUCUCUCAAUAAAUUGAGUGGGAGUAUUCCAGGUAGCAUUGGGCAACUUUCUAAGUUAGAGAGCAUAUAUCUUUAUAGUAAUCAUUUGAAUGGGAGUAUUCCAGAUAGCAUCAGCCAACUUUCUAAGUUAGAGAGCAUAUAUCUUUUUGACAAUCAAUUGAGUGGGAGUAUUCUAAAUAGCAUUGGGCAACUUUCCAAGUUAGGGAUCAUUGAUCUUUCUCACAAUCAGUUGAGUGGGAGUAUUCCAGAUAGCAUCGGGCAACUUUCUGAGUUAGGGAGCAUAUAUCUUAAUGGUAAUCAAUUGAGUGGGAGUAUUCCAGAUAGCAUUGGGCAACUUUCUGAGCUAAGGAGCAUAUAUCUUUACGACAAUCAAUUGAAUGGCAGUAUUCCAGAUAGCAUCGGACAACUUUCUAAGUUAGAGGUCAUACAUCUUUGUUGCAAUCAAUUGAGUGGGAGUAUUCCAAAUAGCAUUGGUCAACUUUCUAACCUGCGGUAUUUGAGAUUUUCUUCAAAUAAAUUGAAUGGGGUACUUCCAAAUAGUAUUAAUAAACUUUCCAACUUGAAAGCCUUGCUUGUUUCACAUAAUUCUUUGGAAGGUGUCAUUUCAGAAGCUCACUUUGCAAACCUAUUCAAGUUGAUAGUUUUAGACAUUGGGUCUAACAACUUGAAUUGUGAGAUGAAAUAUAACUGGAGACCUCCCCUUGACCUUGCAUAUAUCUACAUGGGAUCUUGCAAAUUUGGAACAGGGUUUCCUGAAUGGCUUUCAUUGCUCAAGACAAUAAGCCUGAUUGAUCUCUCUAAUGCCAGCAUCUCAGGUCCUCUUCCAGAAAGCAUCGGAUAUAUGUUGCCAAAGCUGCAAGGAUUAUUUCUUACAGAUAACCUCCUAAACGGUUCGAUUCCAAAGUCAUUGUGCAAUUCAAAAUAUUUGUUAUUUCUUGAUCUCUCCAAAAAUAUGUUUUUUGGAAGUAUUCCUAAUUGUUGGAAAAAUGAUCAAUCAUUCAAUUUUAUUGAUCUAUCUUCUAACAAUCUUUCGGGUUUAUUUCCAAAUACAAUGUGGCAGUUUUCUUCUUUAUAUGUAUUGCACUUGAGCAAUAAUAGUCUCCAUGGGGAACUACAUGUGGAGUUGAAAAACCUCACUUCUUUAAUGAUUUUGGAUUUGGGUGAAAAUAAAUUUUCUGGAAAUUUAGCCAGCAUUGUUGGGGGUGAGAUCGACAACCAUGGUUUAAAAGUUCUCCGACUACGAGGAAAUUUGGUUUCUGGUUAUAUUCCUUUGGAACUGUGCUCUUUCUCUCAAUUGCGAAUUCUAGAUCUUGCAGAAAACAAUCUGACAGGAAGAAUUCCUCAUUGUUUUACAAAUUUUUCAACUAUGGUGAAUGCAACAUCAAUGGACACAGUCAACAAUGCUAUAUAUUCGGAUCAGACUUAUUUGAUGGAGGUUGUGAAAGGGAGAUACCUUGAAUAUAAAAGAAAAACAUUGGCACUCCAGAUUAGUAUAGAUCUUUCGAGUAACAAUCUAAUAGGACCUAUACCAGAGGAGGUCAUUUUCCUUAAGUAUUUGCACAGUUUGAAUCUUUCUUACAAUCAUCUCUCAGGAAAGAUCCCUGAGAAAAUUGGACAAAUGGAGAAUUUGGAAUCUCUUGAUUUCUCCCAAAACGGCCUCUCAGGAAUGAUCCCAAAUAGCAUGUCAAGUUUAACCAAGUUAAGCCAUCUUAACUUGUCUUACAACAACUUGUCAGGACCAAUUCCAACUGGCUAUCAGCUCCAAACACUCGAAGAUCCAUUCAUAUACAUUGGCAAUCCUCAACUUUGUGGAGCUCCACUCUUGAAGAAUUGCUCAAAUGAUGCACUACCUCCGACAACUACCAACUUCAAGGACAACGAUGAUGAUGCACUUAAAAGAAUGUGGUUUUACAUUAUUGUGAUGUCAGGCUUUGCAAUUGGAUUUUGGGGAGUUGUGGGAACUUUGAUUUUGGUGAAAAGUUGGAGAUAUGCAUAUUUUCAAUGGGUGGAUGAUGUCAAACAUUGGAUACUUGUGGUUAUAACAUUGAAGGUGGCACGAUUCAAGAAGAUGUUCAAUGGCAACCUAGAUGAUUAGUGAGUUAUAUGUGGAGUAUAUUGUUGUUGCUACAUUUAUUAUUAAACUAGUUGAACAACCUUGCAUUGUAGGGUAUGGUGUCAAGUUCAACUUUGAAUGGCCCAACAUUGAAUAGGCCUAUUUUAAAUGAACACAUAAGUAUUAUAGUUUGUAAAGUUUUCAAUAAUAUAGCAUACACUGUAGU